CUCCCCACCCUGUAGGCUGAUGCUCUCCUGUGGAACUACAACUCCCAUCGUGCCCCGCGCUGCCCCGCCUCUCCCAGCCGGGGGGCUGUUUAACCCUCGGGCUGCCGGGGAACAGUGAGAGCGGGAGCUCAGGUGUCUAAGAUGCCAGAGGGCCCAGAGCUGCACCUGGCCAGCUGCUACAUCAACACGGUGUGUGCAGGACUCAUCUUCUCGGGGAAGGUGGAGAAGUCUGAAGUGAGCAAGAACCCAGAGGUGCUGUUUGAGAGCGACGCGUACCUGAUCUCUGCCACCUCGCGGGGCAAGGAGAUCAAGCUGACCCUGACGCCACUCAAAGAGGAGAAGAGCACACUCCCUGGCAGAGGGAGGGACAGGGAGGGGCUGAGCCAGAACGGUCUCCAGCAGCCCAUGGAUCUUGUCUUCCGCUUUGGAAUGUCAGGCAGCUUCAAGCUCACCUCCGCGGCCGAGCUGCCCAAACACGCCCAUCUGCGGUUUUACACCAAGGAGAGCCCGCACCGAGCCCUCUGCUUCGUGGAUUUCAGGCGCUUCGGGAGGUGGGAAGUGCACGGGACGUGGCAGCUGGAUCGAGGGCCAUGUGUGAUGCUGGAGUAUGAGAAAUUCAGGGAGAACGUGCUGAGGAACCUGUCUGACAAGGCUUUCAACAAGCCCAUCUGCGAAGCCCUGUUAAAUCAGAAGUUUUUCAAUGGGAUUGGCAACUACCUCCGAGCUGAGAUUCUCUACAGGUUAAAGAUCCCUCCCUUUGAGAAGGCUCGGACGGUGCUAGAGGCUCUUCAGCAUCGGAAGCAGCAGAGUCCGGACCUGACCUUGAGCAAGAAAGUGAAGUUAAAGCGGGAGAAUCCAGACCUGCUGGAGCUCUGCCAUGCGGUGCCCAUGGAGGUCAUUCACAUGGGGGGGAAGGGUUACGGCUCGGAGCCCUCUGACGAUGCCGCGGCCUUUGAGGAGUGGCUGCAGUGUUACUGUGUCCCUGGCAUGAGGUCGCUGCGCGAUGGCAAUGGCAGGACCAUCUGGUUUCAGGGGGAGCCUGGACCUAUGGCCCCGAAAGGAGAAAAGUCCCGCAAGAAGCGCUCGCGGGUGAAUGCUGACCCUGAGCCUCCAAGUCCAAAGGUCACAAAGCCGGUGCCUAAGAGAGGUUCAAAGGGCAGCAGCAGCCAAGAGAAGGUAGCAAAGCGAUCUGGCAGGAAGAAGGGGAACGAGCUCGUCCAAGGAGCCGAGAAUGCCAAGGCACAUGAAGCAAGAAAGCCAAACACCAGGUCCAGAAGGAAAGCAUCAGCAAGUCAAGCGUCUCCCACGAACGAAGCUCCUGCUGCAGAUAGGAAGAGGCAGGCAUCUGCUCGGAGAAGCACAGGAGCAGCUACUGCUGUCCCAAGAUCCAGGUGGGUGAAGGCUGAAUGACUGGUCUGGCAUGGCAUCUGUUCUCGCUCCAGCCUGGAGUAACUCAGCUGGGAGCUCGCUUGCUACUGCUGCAUGUGCUGAGGGAGACGCGCUGGGAGCAGCUGCUGGGGUGACUCUUCUCUCAAGCGGGCGUGCCCGCUGCAUUGUUUCUUAGAUCCCUCCUCAGAGGGGGCUUGCUGCAGGGGCUCUAAGCAGCUGACGCAAGAGCCCUGCCCCAUGAAAUGAAGAAGGUGAUGCCGUGGCGUCAGCCUCCCUGCUCGGUUACGGGGUUUUAUUCCUUUUUAAAUGUGGCUCCAGGACACAGCAAUUGGGUGACUUUGUAUCAAAUCCCUUGGUAGCUGCCGGGGCACCCGCUGGUGACUGCAGCUGAAAGCUGGCGGCUCUGGGCAGAGAGAGGGAAAUGCACCGAGAAGGGGAAGUCUGAGGUUGAAACAGUUUCCUGAGGGUCAGGUUAAAAAUCCUCAGAAGACCCUAGCUCUUCAUUUCCUGCUCUCAGCUGCCCUUUUCAGCCUCUCUGCACGCUGCCACGAGAUGGCUCUGGCUUCAGAGGCUGUGUUUGGCCCAAGUUAGUGGGGACAGAGUGGAGUAUGCAAAUGUUUUUAUUGCCCUGGCUGAUUCCAGAGUCUCUAACCCUUGCUCUGCAGGAGGGCAGAGCUUUGCAGAUCAGCAGCAUUUUAUCUCGUGUAACUCGGGAGGAGGGUGGCAGUGGCAUGCCCGAAUAAGGGAUCAACUUUGCUACCGGAAACAUGUGCAGUUUCUGGGCAGCGGCGAUGCAAGCUUUUCCUUGCUGUCCCCGCUCGUGUGCCUGAGUGCUGGCGAGGAUCAGAAGGUAGGACAGCCUGGGUGGCUCUUUCAGAACUUCACCUCUGCAGAGGGGAUGUGCUGACACUUAGCUGUUGUGUGGAAUGAGUCCAUCAGUCAGUCACUCCUGAGCUGGGCUGCCCAGAAACCAGUGCCCUGAGGUUACAGGCUCAGCAGCUGUGCCAACCUGCCCACCCUCCCCAUAGUGUGGUUCUCUGAUCCAACUGCCAGUGCUUUUAGCAAUCUGAUUUUAGUACUAACAAUAAAACUUUUCCAUAAGCAA